AUGAAACUCCCCUGGACGCGCCUGAUCCGGUUCGUCGCCACCGAUGGCCGGACCCUGCGCGGUGAACCCAUUCUGCCGUCCGAAGAUUUCGACCUAGGCAACGUGACCGAAGCAGACGGGUUGCAAGCCAAGGUGAUUACCGGGGACGACAUCUUCGACACCUCCGGCCAGACGAAAGUCACGGACGAGGUGGCCACGGUGAAGAAGAUCCUGGGACCGCUGACGAGGGAGGACGUCCCUGUCAUUAGGGCCAUCGGGUUGAACUACGCAAAGCAUAUCAAGGAAGCAGGACGACAACCCCCGCCUUUCCCGUUCUUUUUCUUCAAACCCACCACCUGUCUACAGGACCAUGAUGCGCCCGUGGUGAUCCCCAAGAUUGCACAGGAUGAUCAGGCAGAUUAUGAAGGCGAGCUGUGCAUCGUCAUGGGCCGCGACGCCAAGGACGUCUCCCGCGAAGACGCCCUCGACUACGUCGCGGGAUACACGGCCGGCAACGACGUCUCAUCGCGCAAGCUGCAACGAGAUCCCGAGCUGGCCGGCCGGAUCCCGCAAUGGGGGUUUUCCAAGGGGUUUGACACCUUCGCGCCCGUGGGGCCGGUGAUUGUGUCAUCGGAACUCAUCCCGGAUCCCGCGCAAUUGCACCUCAAGACGAUCAUUGACGGCGAGACGCGCCAGAGCGAGAGCGUCUCGGACUUGCUGUUCGAUUGCGCUUAUAUCGUCUCGUACUUGAGCCAGGGCACGACGCUGCAGAAGGGGCAGGUCAUCAUGACGGGGACACCAGGAGGCGUUGGCUUUGGCAUGAGUCCCCCGAGAUUCCUCAAGCCGGGCAACAAGAUGGAGAUAUCCAUAUCCAAGAUCGGCACCCUCCGCAAUGUGGUGGAGUUUGCGUGA